UCGGCGAUGACCCUGACAAGAGCUUAUAUUUCAACGUCUUCACAGGCAGAACAAGUCACACCAUCACACAAUCAUCAUUCAUUCAUUCCACAAAGGCAACGAACCAUGGCUCGAAAGCGCAAGACCCAGCAAGAAACCGAGUAUGUCGGCCGCCCCGUUACCCCAGAACUAUCAUCAGCCACCAAGAAGCUCAAACUGGGCCUCUCGCAAUGGUCUGGUUUUGAGAAUCGAGUAGCCAACACUAUCGACAGGCAGGGCACGGCGUCUGCAUGCCUGUCCCCGGGCGCUGCUCCACUCACGCCUUCUCCAUCGCCCCAGAAUCCCAAGAUACGGGAUGCCCCUCGUUCUACGAGCCCCCGGCGCUCUUCCCUGUCUACACCCAAUCAUCCAUCGCCAUCUCCAUGCCCGUCUCCGUCUCCGUGUCCUUCUUCAUCCGAAGAAAACACAGCCGUCUUCCUCGACACGCUCUCAUCGCCCGCCCUCCUCGACACAGCCCUCUCCUCGCUUGUAGAAGCCUACCUCCUGCCUGACGGAAACUUCGCGCCUCCGCGCCAACUCUGGCUCAACAUGCAAAAGUUCCGUCCGUACGUCGAGGAAGGCGCAAAGGUGCUGGCGGGCACAAGCGAAUCUCCCUCUUCCUGCACGGAUGCUGCUGUCAGAGCGCAGAAGAAGCCGGGCGAAGGAGACAUGUCGUACCACGCCGCCAAGUUCUGGGGCCACAUGCGGUUCCUCGGCCUUCGGCUCCUGUGUCAUUUGCCGACCGAGUAUGCGAAUAUGUUGCAACGGUCGCCCGAGGAGUUCUUCGCCGAUGGUGAGGACACCAAGGCCGUGCUUGCUCUUGGUCGUGAUGGACGCGGCGGAGGAGCGAGGGAAGUGUACAUGUACUCGCGCCGGAUCGGGAGUCGCAUGGUGGCGGACAAAAUGCGAUGGGCGAUCCUGACGCUGGCGUGGCAGAGGGUCAUCGAAGCUGUCAAGACGUCUCGCACGGCGAAGCAUGGAAAGGCGGCACGGCUGAAUGCGAAGGCCAAGCCGCGCCUCACGGAGGGGGAUUUGCAUGCUUUCUACGAGACUUAUUUUCGCGGGCCGUCAGCAGGCGACGCAGAUGCGGAAGGAGAGGGGAUGCAGAAGCAGGAGGUGCUGGCGUGGUUCAACGCGCUCAGACACACGGCAUCUGCGUAUGCGUUUUUGGCGAGGGAGGUCGGGUGUGGCGUGUUGUUGCAUUUGCUGCCGCAUUUCAGCGAGAGCGCGAUCGUGCAGGGGUUGAGUCGCCGUUCGGUGGCGGCGAGAGAGGGGGUGGCGUGGUUGAAUGAUGAAGACGCUGAGGGGGGCGGACUCGCGCAGGAUGAGGGCGUAUCGAGGGUGGGCGAGCAGGUGGAGCGGCUUGUGGACUGGAUCGAAGCGAGGAUUGUGGGUGAUGCGUUGGAGGAGUAGAUGCAGGCUUGGUCAGGGCUCGGGAAGGCUAUUGUGCGGUUUCGGUGUAGGGGCUCAAAAUGAUAGAACAACGUAGAUCGAUAGAACUAUUAAAAGCGCAAUUUCUCGUGCGGUUCUUCCCAUAUUUCCUGCUCGUUUCUCAUCUUGUGCACAUGCAGCGUUGUGGUCGUGUUGUAGUGGGAUGCUGGCUUGGACACCGA